GGAGCCGGCAGCCGUGGGCUGAAGGAGGGCCUGUGCACCUGCGGGCCAUGCAGACUCUGGCGGCCGGGGAGCCGCGGGGCCCUGACGCACUGCGGAGCUUCCAGGGGCUGCUGCUGGACCGGCGCAGCCGGCUGCACGGAGAGCUGCUGCGCCUUCGCGAGGUGGCACGGCGCCUCGAACGCUUCCGCCGGCGCUCCCAGGUGGCCAACGUGGCGGGCAGCUCCCUGAGCGCAGCCGGCGCCGUGGCCGCCAUCGUGGGGCUCUCCCUGAGCCCCGUCACGCUGGGCGCCUCGCUCCUGGCAUCGGCCGUGGGGCUUGGGGUGGCCACCGCCGGAGGGGCCGUGACCAUCACAUCCGAUGUCUCCCUAAUCUUCUGCAACUCCCGGGAGCUGCGGAAGGUGCAGGAGAUUGCGGCCACAUGCCAGGACCAGAUGCGUGAGAUGCUGAGCUGCCUAGACUACUUUUGCCGCUGCCAGGGUAACAGCGAUGUCCAGCUGUUGCAAAGCGGGAGGAGUGCUUCCAUGGCCCUGUACAACUGCGUCUACUUUAUCGUCUUCUUCAGCUCCCGUGGCUUCCUCGUCCCCCGGCGGGCAGAAGGGGCCACCAGGGUCAGCCAGGCCGUGCUGAAGGCCAAGAUUCAGAAACUGAUGGAGAGCCUCGAGUCUUGUACGGGGGCCCUGGACGAACUCAGUGAGCAACUGGAGGCCCGGGUCCGGCUUUGCACCAAGGCCAGCCUCGGCCAUGACCUCAGGAGCCCAGCUGCGCCGCCCGCUGGGCUGUUGUUCUGAGAUGUCUUCUUCCGGUCCAUGACUGUCCCCAUGGGAUGCUCCAAAUCUGUAGCUUUCCCCCAGGACAACUCUGAGUCAGACGCAAAGGAAGAGAAAAGCUGUUCCAAGGGGUCGGGUCGUCCCCACGGCCGCUUCCCCAUCCGUGUGACAUGCUACCUGGACCUAAGGGCUGGGGUCUUUGGCAUGAUCCUAGUGGAGUCUGUGACCCUGUUUUCCUUCAUGAGAAGGUUUUUUUUUUU